AUGACGAUGGCGAUGGCGAUGGCGAUGGCGAUGAUGAUUCGCGUGCUAUGCACGACCAGCCUGUUCGCCGUCGUUCUGUCCAAUUCCGUCGAACGUUCUCCGCGUACGACUAUCGGGCACGGUCGGGUCCGGUACGCUAACGUGACGGGCGAGCUGCUGCUGGGAGGCCUGUUUCCCGUGCAUCGUAAAGGGAACAACGGCAAGAGUUGCGGCGAGAUACAGGGGGAAGACGGCAUACAACCGUUGGAAGCGAUGCUGUACACGAUCGAACGUAUCAACGAGAAUCCGCGGAUACUUCCGGGUGUGCGGCUCGGCGCGCUGGCGUUCGACACCUGCGAUCAUCCGAUCUACGCUCUGGAGCAGGCGUUCUACUUCGUGAAGGGUUUCAUGGCGCGCGAGAACCGUUCCAGCGAGGAGGGAUACCGAUGCGCGGAUCGCAGCGUGGCAAAGUUCUUAAACGGGGAGUUCGAACGCGUGGUCGCGGUGCUCGGCGCUCAAUCGAGCUCCGUCACCAUCCAGGUAGCGUCGGUGCUGGCUCUGUUCCCGGUGCCGCAGAUCUCGUACAUGGCCACGUCGCCGUUUCUCAGCAGCAAGGAGAGAUUCCCACGGUUUUUCCGCACGGUUCCGAGCGACGUGAACCAGGCGCGAGCGAUGCUGGAAGUUCUUCGCCGGUUCGAGUGGUCGUACGUGUCGGUCGUUUACACCGACUCGGAGUACGGAGACCACGGAUACGAGACGCUGGCUUCCUUCGCCUCGGAGUACUCCAUAUGCUUCAGCGCGCCGCAUCGAAUCAGCGAAGAUCGUUUCACCGACGACGAUUACGACAACGUGGUGCGCACGAUCGCCGAGAAGACGGACGUCCGAGUGGUGGUGUUGUUCGCGGAGAAGUCGACGACUCUGCGGGUGCUGGAGGCGGCGAGACGCGUCGGCGUCGGCUCGCGAUUCGUUUGGCUGGGCAGCGACUCGUGGCCGGAUAAUCGCGACGUGGAGACUCGAGAAACCGCGGUGUUGGAGGGUGCUCUCGCGGUUCAACCGCUGUACGCCCCGCUCUCCGGCUUCGACCAAUACUUUACGGGGUUGACGCUCGACCACGAGCGCGUCGAUCCUUGGUUCCGAGAAUUUUGGCGAACCUAUCACAACUGCACGGACGAGUCGGAGGAAACGACUAUCGCUGCCGCUUCCGACAGGCGGCACGUCGACUGCCAAGAUCCGAGAUUAAGGAUCGAGCGCAGCACCGGCUACAAACAGCGGAGAUUUCUGCAUUUCGUUCGAGACGCUGUAUACGCGGUGGCUCACGCUCUUCACAACAUGCGAACGGACGUUUGCGGCCAAGGUUCGGUCGGACUUUGCGACGAGAUGCGUCCUCCGAACAUGGACGCGUUCUUCGAAUACCUAACCAACGUGUCUUUCAAAGACGAAGCUGGCAACGCGUUCGAAUUCGUGGAUGCGGUCGACGGACCUCCGAGAUACUCCAUCCUGAAUUAUCAGCGCAAGGCAAACGGUUUCUAUCACUGGGCGGUCAUCGGCAAUUACACGCUGAACGAAGACGGGCAAGCGGUGUUGCGGCUGGAUCGGGACAAGUUGUGGUUUCGAGAGGAACGACCCGGCGACUUUCCGACGUCGUCGUGUUCCCGGCCGUGCGGCUCGAAUCGAAUCAUGGUGAGAAGUAAAGAGGACCCGUGCUGCUGGAGGUGUCAAAGCUGCGGUUUCUAUCGGUACAAGGUGGACGAGCUGAGAUGCGAAGAGUGCGAGCCGGGCACGAUUCCGACGAAGAACGGGUCUGGCUGCGAACCUAUCCCCGAACAGUUCGUCGACUACUCGAAUCCGUGGGCGAUCGUCGCGAUGACGGUAGCCGUUUCCGGUAUGGCACUGACCGCGUUCGUCUGCUCGGUGUUUUGGAUCUAUCGGCACACACCGAUGAUCAAAGCGUCCGGUCGAGAGCUGUCGUUUCUACUGCUGGUCGGUGCGUUCGGCUGCUUCUCGAUGACGUUCGCCGUGGUGUCCAAGCCCAGCGUGGAAAGUUGCGCCGUGGUCCGAUUCGGCAUCGGAUUCUGCUACACCAUUUGCUACGCCGCGCUCUCCACCAAGAUCAAUCGAAUUCACAGGAUAUUCAACGAUCCCGGCCGCAGUCCUCGCAAACGACGGUUCACCAGCCCGAGAUCUCAGCUGACGAUCGCGUCGAUCCUCGUUCUGGUGGAGAUCGCGUUCGACGUCGGUUGGCUGCUCAAGAAACCACCGGCGAUCCAACGCUCGUAUCCCAGCAGGGACGCGAACGUAAGGGUGUGUCGGGGCUCCGAAGACGGCUCCUACGUGAUCGGUUUGAUCUACCCGUUCCUGUUGACCGUCGCGUCCACGUUCUACGCGAUCAAGACGAGAAAGUGCCCGGAGGGAUUCAACGAGACCCGACGCAUCGCGUUCGCCAAUUACGCGACGAUCGUGCUGUGGCUGGCUUUCGUGCCCCUCUACUUGGCCUCCACGAGCAACGUCGUCAGGGUAAUUACUCUGGCGUUGUCGCUGUCGCUGAACGGACUGGUCCAGCUGCUCUGCCUGUUUCUCCCGAAGGUCUACGUGGUGCUGAUCAAACCGGAGAAGAACACGAGAGAGCUGGUGAUGGCGAGGCACUCGUCUCACCCGACGACGCCCGGUACGCCGAUCACGCCGGAGCUCGUGUCCGCCUCGCCGUCGUUCGUCGGCGAUCGAUCGAAACCGACCGUCGGCGACUCUCUCCGGUUCGAGCAAAUUUCCGCCUAACGCGCCGCUAGAUCUUUCGGUCACCUCGUUCCAACAUACACGAUGAUUUCUGCAUCGACGAGAA